CAUUUUUAACUUAACCAUACAGAUAAAAAAAUUAUUUUUUUUAAUUUCCCAAUAAAAAGGAAGAGAAUACCACGUUGUAAGUGGGAAUCCUACAAGUUAUAAGGCAAUUAAUUUCUUCUCCUUCUACAUGUUCAAAAAAAAAAAAAAUUUCUUCUCCUACAAAGCAAAUCUGGGUUGUCCCUUUCUCGCUUGCUCUUACAAGUCAAUUUCGUGUUUUUUGUUAAGGGCUGUUUUAUCCAAUGGAGGUCGUAUCUCUUGUUGGAGGUUCUUAUUUAUCUGUUACAUUUAACUCGUUAUUUGAAAAGUUGAAUGAAUAUCUACGUGAUCAGCUAUGGGGUUCAAAAGAGAAACUGCGUGCUCAGAUGGAAAGUUGGAAAACUUUAUUGCCCAAAAUCAUUGCUGUACUUCAACACGCAGAAGAAAAUCAAGACGCCAACCAAUUUGUGAAGUCAUGUCUUGAUAAUCUCAGGGACUUGGCUUAUGAUAUGGAGGACAUACUUGAAGAGUUUGUGAUUGAUGCCAACAAGUCUGAAUUGAGUGUAGAAUCUGAAGCCAGGCCCAACAAACUUAAAAAAUUUAUUGCAGGUGCCAUUUUUGGAUCUAGGCGUAAUCCAAAGAUCAAGUCCAUGGUGAAUGAUCUGAGUGAUAGGUUGCAGAAAAUUGAUAAUGGGAUGUGUAGUUUGGGCCUAGGGAAUUUGGCUUUAAAAGGGAAUUUGGCUUUAAAAAUUGAAGAUGAAUCUCACAAAGUAGUUGCAAAAAGGUUACCUGAGUCUUCACUUCUCGAGGACAAGGUGUUCGGUCGAGAUAGUGAUAAAGAUGCUAUCCUUCAGAGGUUGCUAGGAGAUGGAGGUAGUCUUGAACAAGACUUUGUCAUUCCCAUCGUUGGAAUGGGUGGAUUAGGCAAGACAACUCUUGCUCGGCUCAUUUACAAUGAUGAAAAAUUGAAAGGUAGGUUUGACGUGAAGGCAUGGGUUUGUGUUUCUGCUGAGCUUGAUGUUGCUCGAAUAACAAAAAUCAUUUUAGAACAAGUAACUAAGCAAAAGUGUGAUCUUGAUGAUUUUGAUUCACUUCGAAAGAAAUUGAAAGAGGAGAUAUUUGGGCAUAAAUUUCUUCUUGUUUUGGAUGAUGUUUGGAAUAAGAAAUAUGGCGAAUGGGAGCAAUUCAAGAGACCUUUCAUGUCAGGAGCUCCUGGAAGUAAAAUAAUUGUCACAACUCGAAAAAUGGAUGUUGGGACAAUGAUGAGAGGGGAUGAUGGAGUUUACAAUUUAGAAUUGUUACAAGUUGAUGCUUGUUUGCCAUUGUUUACGCAACAUGCGUUGGGAAAAGAGGACUUUGCUGUGCACCCAAACCUACAAGAUGUUGGUGAGAAGCUUGUUGAGAGGUGCAAAAGAUUGCCAUUGGCACUAAAAACACUCGGUGGAGUCUUGCGAGGAAAGCAAGGUCGCGAUGAGUGGGAAAACAUAUAUAACAGUAAUAUAUGGAGUUCAUCAGAAGAUGAAAGUGAAAUUCUUCCUUCUCUAAGAUUGAGCUAUAAUGAUCUUCCUUUUCACUUGAAGCGAUGCUUUGCUUAUUGUGCUUUGUUCCCUAAGGAUUAUGAAUUUGACAAGAUGGAAUUGAUUCGAUUAUGGAUGGCUGAGGGUCUAUUGCAACAACAGCGACAUGGAAAGGACGCUGGUCACCAAUAUUUCCAACAGUUGUUAUCUAGAUCACUCUUUCAACGAUCAAGUAGAGUUGAGUCACGAUUUGUGAUGCAUGACCUCAUAAAUGAUUUAGCUAUCGCUGUUGCUGAAGAAAUAUAUUGCAAUCUUGAAUGUAGCAUGGGUGAUGGAAAAUUGAAGAAAGCUCGUCAUUUGUCAUUCACUCCACACAAAUUUGAAUUCUCAGAAAGAUUCAAAUUCUUGGAAGAAUUGAGGCAUUUGAGAACAUUCUUGCCGUUAAGAGCACCCAAGGACUACUAUGACUCUUAUUUGUCUAACAAAAUCUUGCAUGAUUUCUUGCCAACUUUAACUCGCUUAAGAGUGCUAUCUCUUUACAAAUACGAGAUAGGAAAGCUACCGGAUUUUGUUGAAAAGUUGAAACAUAUUCGAUACAUUGAUUUGUCUUGGACAAAAAUCCAAUGCUUACCUGAUUCAGUGGGUUCUCUCUUCUUUUUGCAAACAUUGUUAUUAUCUAGUUGUGGAAGGCUUACUUCGUUGCCUGCAACGAUUGGAAAUCUAAUUGAUCUUCAACAUCUUGAUAUCACUGGUACAUCAUCUUUAAAAGAGCUGCCAUCAGAAAUAGGCAAUCUUAAAAAUCUUGUAACAUUGUCCAAAUUUAUCGUGGGGAAGGGAAGUGAAACAAUGAUGAGAUUAUCUGCUUUGAAGAAUUUGUCACAACUUCGAGGAGGAUUGUCUAUUCUAGAUUGGGAAAAUGUUUCACAUGUUCAAGAUGCUGUGCAGGCCAAUCUAGACAAGAUCCAUGGUUUGGAAGAGUUAGUCUUCGAGGGGAGGUGGACUACUGUUGAUAAUGAUCGAGAUGAAUCUGUACUCAGUUGGUUAAAACCUCACUCAAAUUUGAAAAGUCUCAAAAUUUCUUUCUAUGCUGGCAGGAGUUUUCCGAAAUGGGUUUGUGAUCCAUUAUUAUUUUUGAAUUUAUCAUCCAUGGAGCUCAGGUCUUGUUGUAGAUGCACUUUGUUACCAUCACUUGGCCGACUACCUGUUCUCAAAAAAUUGGUUAUUGAACGGAUGGAGGCGAUAGAAGUUGUGGGUCUUGAGUUCUAUGGGCAGCAUGACUCUUUUCGAUUAUUGGAGGAACUAGAGUUAACAAGCAUGUACAAUUGGAAGAAAUGGAUUUCUCCAAAUGAAGGUGAAUUCCCUUGUCUUCAUAGACUUGUGAUUCAUUAUUGCCCUAAGUUGUUAGGCCAAUUACCUAGCAACCUUUCUUCACUUAAAGAGUUGGUUGUUCGUGAGUGCAAUGCAUCGCUUUUGAAAAGUAUGGUUGAUCUCACUUCACUCACUGGUUUUUAUAUUAAGAGAAUUUCAAAAUUGACUUGCUUGCCAAAAAGUUUAAUACAGUCCUUGACAGCACUUGAGACUCUGUCUAUUCAAGAUUGCAUGGAACUUACUUGUCUGUGGGAGGAAGGGGUUGAAAUAGAACAAAACACCUUGCCUUUCAAUCUUAAGCAUCUUAGCCUUUGGGAAUGUCGGGCUUUGAAAUCAUUACCUGAUGCAAUUAUGAUGAGGAUGGAUGAAAGCAUUAGCAACAACAGUAGUGUGUUGAGAUUGAGGUUGGAAACGUUGUUCAUAGGUAUUUGUCCUUCUUUCAAGUCUUUUCCAAGAGGCAAAUUACCCAUCUCGCUUAAAGGUUUGACAAUAAAAAAUUGUCAAAGCCUUGAGUCUCUACCGAAUGUUGAUGAUGGCAAUAAUAUUUGCAAUUUACAUUUGGUAAUAUCAAAUGGUGUACGCUUGUAUUGCUUUGAGGAUUGUGAUCAGCCACUAGCUUUUCUCAAGAGUCUUACAGUUCAAUGUUGGAAUUUGGAAUCAUUUCCAGAAAGGAUGUUGCAGCGUUGUACGGGACUCCAAUAUCUUAGUAUUUACUCUUGUAAAAUAUUGAAAAGUUUACCCACUUUUGAUUAUGUCAACAAUCUUGUUGAAUUAUCUAUCAACAGCUGUGAAACUUUAGGGUCAUUACCAGAAGAGUUGGGAUUAUGCACCCCUAAUCUAAAGGAUUUGAAAAUAUUGAACUGUGUGAAUUUCAAAUACCUCCCAAAUACGAUGUACCAGUUGAAAUCUCUUCAAAUUCUAUUGAUGUAUAACUGUCCUAGCAUCGAGUUCAUUCCAGAUGGGGGUUUGCCCCUAAACUUAACAAAGCUUCAAUUGGAGUGUAAGAAUCUCAAGCGACUGCCGAAUACAAUGUACCAGCUCACAUCGCUUCAACAUCUAGCAGUCGAAGGUGGGGCUUUGAUGUCUCUUCAACGGUUGGCAAUUGAGCAGAAAUUCCCUCAGGAUAAUGUGCUGCCUUCUUCUUUGAUCUGGCUUAAGAUGUGGUCUGAAGAAAAUUUGGAAUCCAUACAUGGGGGGCUCUUCCAAAACCUAAGCUCCCUUCAAUGUUUAGAAAUAUGUUACUGCCCGAAGCUACGAUCUUUACCGAGGGAAGCCUUUCCUCCCUCGCUUGGGCGACUAUACAUCAGGGGGUGUCCGCAUCUAAAACAACAGUGCUUUGAGGAGAAAGGAGACUACUGGACUCUCGCAUGGAGCAUCCCAAACGUUGAUAUAUAUUAGCAUGUGUAUUAGGAUGAUUGGUUGUGAGUGCUGAAGAGCAAGUCAAAUGAGAUUGUUAAUGGAGUACUAAUAAAGUGGAGCUGCUUGAGCUUACCAGAUUUUUUAUCUGAUAUGAAGCUACGUUUUUAGUAGAGAGAUACAACAAACUUCUGCUAUUUUGCUAUUUAUAAAUGAGGAGAAUGACCAGUUGCACUGUGUCAAAUUCUCAUCUUUUCAUCAUAUUUUCUUAUUAUAGUUGUUCUGCUUUCAAUAUUCAGCAAUAAAAGUCAUUUCAGUUU